AUGUAUCCAAUGGAAGCUGGUACAGAAAUCUCCAUAAGCUACACCAGCAUUGCUGCAGACCUUGUCCAUCGUCAGAAACGACUUCGCAGUGAAUAUGGUGUCGCGAUCAUAACGAGCCCGAGAAACGUUGAUUUUCAGUCAGGCUUUGUCUGCAACUGCCAGCGAUGCAAGAUUGAAAAAGAGAUUGGAGUUCAUGAAGGCCGGAACGAAGGCUCUGAAUCGGAGGAGGCUGACGCUCUAUUGCUUUACUUGGCGAAAUAUUCGUGUACGGAUGCCGAAUGUGGCGGAACACUUGCACCAAUCAUCCAGUUACAAAACGAGGAACAGGGAAACAAGCGAAGCUCCAAAAAUAGGAAACAAGAUGAAGUCGUGAUGGAAUGCAACCGAUGCGCGAUGACGGUCAAGGGGCUGCAGCGGUUGGAGGAGGUCUUCGCUGAUCAACCUGCGUGA